GUGUUGUAGAUAGUGCGAGCCCCAUUCUAGGUCUAUUACUCUCUAUUUCUCACUAUGUGUUCUCGAUUUUUUGGCCAAAAACGUUCGUUUUCCAAAUUUCUUCAAAUUUCUCCACAAGUUAAGGAGGCUCUAGCUAGCGGAGAAGGAGUUGUCGCGCUGGAGAGUACAGUGAUCACACAUGGACUUCCUUACCCUCAUAAUUUAAGUACUGCAAGAAGUUUGGAGCAAAAAGUUCGAUCAUCAGGAAGUCAUCCAGCUACGAUUGCGUUAUUUGAUGGAAAAAUUCAUGUUGGAUUGGAUGAUGAAAAACUGGAACUUCUUGCUUCAAGUCAGAAUGCAGUCAAAGUUUCCUCCAGGGAUAUCGCAAAGACACUGAUUAAAAAAGAAGUUGGAGGAACUACAGUAGCUUCAACUAUGAAGAUAGCACACGCAGCUGGGAUCAGUGUAUUUGCAACAGGUGGCAUUGGUGGAGUACAUCGUGGUGCAGAUCAGACAUUCGAUGUUUCGGCUGAUCUUCAAGAACUUUCGCAAACUCCCGUGUGUGUGGUGUGCUCUGGAGUCAAAAGCAUUUUAGACAUACCCAAAACUGUCGAAUAUCUUGAAACUCAUUCCGUGAACUGCAUAGUUUAUGGGCAAGAAAAUGUGUUUCCAAGCUUUUUCACUAGAACAUCAGAUAGAAAAGCUCAAUUCUGCACUGAAUCAUUGGAAGAAGUUGUUCACCUGUUAAAAACCUCGAAAUCUCUCGGAUUACCUUAUGGAACUAUUCUGGCUUGUCCUAUUCCUGAAAAAUAUGCAGCUGAUGGAGAUGCGAUCCAGAAAGCAAUUGACCAAGCUGUUCAAGAAGCCAUUGAACAAAACAUCGCUUCACAAAGUGUCACCCCAUUCAUUCUUGCAAGAGUGAACGAGCUCACACAAGGAGCUUCAAUGGCUACAAACAUUGCACUUCUCGAGAAUAAUGCGUCAAUUGCUGGAAGACUAGCCGCAAAGCUCUGCGAUAGACGUCCACUUACAAUUUCACAGAGCCAACCAACUGCAUCAACGACUCGAAAACCAAAAGUGGUUUCUAUCGGAGCAACUAUCGUUGACUUUGAAGCCAUCACGAGUGAAGAUGUAAAGGAUGAUGGCGGCUCAUACAACGGACAAGUGGUACAGCGAAUGGGAGGAGUAGCAAGGAAUCACGCGGAUGCAUUAGCAAGGCUUGGAUGUGAUUCAGUUUUCAUUUCUGCUAUUGGCGAUGACAACAACGGACAUUUCUUCAGACAGAACAGUCAUAAAAUUGAUAUUAAUCGAGUAAAGAUUAUAAGCAACAAACCAACUUGCACUUAUUUAGCAGUCAACGUGAAAGGAAACGUGAAAUAUGGAAUUGUUACUUGUGAGCCACUUCUGAGUGUCAUUACUCCGUCAUUGGUUGAAAGCAAUGAAGAUGCAUUGGAAUCAUCAGAUUUCAUUCUUCUUGAUUCAAAUCUAUCAGUUCCAGUUAUGGCCAGAGUUUUAGAAAUUGCAAAGAAACAUGAUAAACAAGUUUGGCUCGAGCCCACGGACAUUGACAAAGUGAAAAAGGUGUUCGACACAGGCUUGGUUGGAGCUGUAACUGCCGCAUCGCCAAAUGCCAAUGAGUUUCUGAAAUGGGCUAAACUCUGUCACGUCUCCGUAGAUCCGUCGGUCAUUGAUACAGCCGAUGGUGUGCUGGAACUUAUAGAAAAGGAGAAAACUAAGCUGCUACUCAAUACUUCCAUUUUUAUUGUGACAUUGGCGAAUAAGGGAUCGGCAGUGGUAUAUAGAAAUAAACUUGGCCAACUUGAAUUCCAAUCGCUCCCACCUCCACUUCAAAUGAACAAAGUCGUAUCGGUUUCCGGUGCCGGUGAUAGUUUCAACAGUGGAGUAAUUGCUGGAUUGGCUCAUAACAAAACAGUCGUCGAAUCUCUCCAAAUUGGACAAGAAUGUGCUCGUCUAACUCUUCAAACGUCUCUGGCAAUUUCUGAUGCGAUAACCCCGAAUUUAUUAGCGUAGACGGGGAUGGCGUUAUUGUUUUUAUUCUGUAUUGUUUUUUAGACAAUCUAUAUUCUUCAAAUAAAUGUUUCUAAAACCC